AUGUUAAAAACAAUAAAAAUCAACAAUCUUGAACCAGAAAAGACUGUAAAUGAAGAUAAUUCUCCAUUACCUUAUGAUAAAAUUUGGUUAGAUAAAUUAACAAAUGGUCCUAAUAGAAAAUCAUCCAAUGAUUAUAAAAUUCAAUACGCAUUAACAAAUGGAUCAGCUAGUACGUAUUCACAAAAUGCUAUAUUAGAUGCAUUUUUACUUGCUUACAAUCGUCAUGAAGAUAUUUUAUUAUCACCUGAUGAUCUUUGGUUAAUGAUAACAAUUAAUUUUUCAAAAUAUAUUAAUACGAAUUCCGAACAACUUAGACAUUUAUUUGUUGAUCAUGAAGGAAAGAAAAAGCUUGUUGUUGUUGAACCACUAGGAAAACGAGAAGAAGAUUGGACAGAUUUUUUUGAAAUGAUGCAAACACAAAUAUCUAAAAAUAUAAAAACUUCCGAAAUUGUUGAUAAUUUAAUAAAUAAUUUUUCUACAACAACUGAAAUUGAACUUAUUUUAUCUUAUGCAUGUGUUAUGGAUACAUUUAAAACAUAUUUUCAAUAUAGUAGAUGUAUUCCUUCAUGUGGAAUACGUAAUGUACAUUUUAUGGGAAAUCUUUUCGAUUGGAAAUUAUUAAAACAAAAAACUGAACAAUUAUUAUCUUAUACAGUAAAUAAUGAUUCUUUUUAUAAAUAUAUUCAAGAUUUAUUACCAAUUUUAAAUGAAUUUAUUAAAACGUAUGAAGGGAAAGUUGAUGUUGAGUUUUGGAAUCAUAUUGCCGAUUCUAAACGUGGAAGAUUAGGUUCAGGAAGUAUUGAAUAUAUUAGUGGGUGGAUAUUAAAAUUAUUUUAUGAAAUUAAUGGAAAGAAUCCAGAACAAAUCAUGGCUGCUGAUAUUAAAUUAGAUUCAAUUCAUGUUCCUGUUGAAGUUGAAAAUCAUUGUACGUGUUUAAAAAAAACUUGUUAUGUUUUAGGUGGAUUUUAUGGAGUUGACUCAACACAAGACCAUAUCCAUAAACCAGUUAUAAGUUUAGCUGUUAUUGAAGAUUUAACAACAGUUGAAAAAUUAUAA